AUGUCAAUCUUGGCGGGAAACCUCGCCUCCAAAAUCUCAUUAUCUCUUCAAUUUCGCGUGCCCUUUGUCCAAUUGGUAAAGAGAAACAAUGCUAUACUGUGUUUAAAAGGAAGGGAGUUUAAUAGCUCAUCGGUUCCAGUUAGAUACACUCCUAAGAGGUAUUCAAAGAGUGAUGAGAUAGAGAAUUCUUUGCCUCUGAAAGGUAAUGAAAAGAGGGUAUUUCGUAAAAACUUGGACAGUGCAAGAGGAAAUUCUGGUUUGAAUGACAAGGCAAAAGGUCAAAAGGUUAACGAGAAGAGAGUAUGUGAGAAUUCUUUGCCUGUGAAGAGUUCUGAGAACAGGCAUUUUGACAAAAACGUGGUUCGUGUAAGAGGAAAUUUUGGUUUGAAUGAGAAGAUGAAUAAUCGAAAGCAAAUAUGCAAUGAGAGCCAGUCGUUUGAUGAUGCUCGACAAGUGAUGAUUUGGAAAGCUUAUGCAUCUAUGAGGUUCCAGCUGUUACAUUCACCCACUUGCUCUAUAAUUGAAGAGACAAUCGGGUUUGUGCCAUUGGAUGCAUAUAUCACUACCAGCACUUUUCCUAUAGUCAAGCAAAAUGCUCAAGAGGUAACAGCAUUCUCACAGUUAGAAGAAAAAAUCAAUCAUGAAUUGGGGCCCACAAGUCAUCAACUCAUGGGAGAGCCUGAAGAGGAUGUUGAAGAGGGAGUAGUGCGACAAGAAAAGGAUAUUUCUAAUGAGAGCAUGAUAGUGCGUAAAAUUAUGCAAGAUGCUGAGAAGGCGGCUGUUGGUUUACUUGCGAGAAGAGCAUAUACAGCAGUCGAACUGAAAAAGAAACUGCUUGGAAAGAGAUUUGCUCUUGAUAUUGUGGAGGCAAUGAUAAGUGAUUUCCAGAGCAGAGGGUUAAUCAAUGAUGGCUUGUAUGCAGAAACAUUUUCUCGAUCUAGAUGGUCUUCCUCAACCUGGGGACCUAGGCGGAUCAAGAAAGCAUUGUCCAACAAAGGAGUGAGUGAAGCUGAUGCAGACAAGGCACUAAAACUGGUUUUUGAGGAUGAUGACUCUGAUGAACAAGAUUCAAAAGUGGGAUUGUCAAAGAUUUCUAUGGAUCAGCUAUUGGUUCAGGCUUCAAAACAAUGGCUUCGAGGUCAGGAUGUUCCCAAAGACACACGAAAAUCAAGACUCAUUCGUUGGCUUCAGUAUCGUGGUUUCAAUUGGGAUGUCGUUAAUUUUGUACUGAAGAAGCUAGAAUCUCUGCAUACCUCCUAG